AUGUCUUCAGAGGAUGGUGAUCAUCCAGAGGGAGCUCCCCCAGAGAGGGGCAGAAGCCAAUCUAAUAGGGAUUCUGCCUUUGACUUUGCUGGACUCCGUAUCGGGCCGCCUCGACCUCGGAGAAACGCGUUCGGCGAGAGCUUUGCCCCCGUUGCACGACCCAGCAUCAACCCCGCCAACAGCGUCCCUCAGAUAAACGGAACAUCGUCCGCGAGCUCGUCUGAGAGUCUUCCGCCUCUCUCCGGUCCUUCCCCCGCUCCUAGUCCUCCUACCCCGGCCUCUCAAAACCGGACGGCUCUCAUCGCCGCCCGAGGCAGUCCCGGAGAGCAGCGACGCGUCUCAGCUACGGGCACAACGACCCGACCCCGACCCAUCCCCCCGCCCCUCAACAUCGUCGACGCUCCUCACCGAUCCCCGCGUCUUGACUUCUCACCACGACCUGGUGGAGACCAACAGCUUCCUUACGCGUUCGCACCCAUUCCCGGCGAUUCGGAGCCAUUCCCCAGAUUUGUAGACCCUGCUCUUCCCGCGGAUCAAAACGAGCUCCAAAACGCAGCAUCUUCCACCAAUUCGAGCAACACUCAAACUCCCACUCGCGAGCGUGCGACUGGAGCCCCGUCUCCUGAGAGCGCCAGUGUUCGAGGCAGCCCUCAGCGCGCCCUCCUUCUCCCGAAUUGCAUUGAUCGCGAUUCCUCCCCUCUUCCCUCGCCCCAAUCGAAUAUCCAACCCGUUUGUACCCCAGUCACCGUUUGUGGUGAUAUCCACGGCCAGUUUUAUGAUCUUCUCGAACUGUUCAGAGUUUCCGGCGGCAUGCCAGGGGAAUCGGAAGUUGAGGCCCCUCAAUCGUCAACCAAUGUGAUAACAUCGGAUGACAUUGAACCCCCAACGUCGAUCACCAACCCCAAGUUAAAGAAGAAGCUAAAAACAUCCCCCGAUGACGCGAGUGGUGAGGUUGGAGAUGAGGAGAGUCCUGGUCCUGCUGAUGCCCCGAAGACAGAAGCUGGUGUUGUAACAAACAGCAGUUCUCAGUCUGCAGAUACGCGGUACAUCUUUCUCGGAGAUUUCGUGGAUCGCGGCUACUUCAGUUUAGAAACCUUUACUUUGUUGAUGUGUCUCAAGGCCAAGUUCCCAGAUCAAAUAGUCUUAGUCCGCGGAAAUCACGAGUCUCGUCAGAUUACGCAGGUUUAUGGCUUCUACGAGGAGUGCCAGCAAAAGUACGGCAAUGCCUCCGUGUGGAAAGCCUGCUGUCAUGUUUUCGAUUUCCUUGUUCUAGCCGCCAUCGUUGAUGGAGAGAUUCUCUGCGUUCACGGCGGUUUGAGUCCGGAGAUUCGGACGAUUGAUCAGAUCCGGGUUGUCGCUCGUGCACAGGAAAUUCCUCACGAAGGCGCAUUCUGUGAUCUUGUUUGGUCCGACCCCGAAGACAUUGACACUUGGGCUGUCAGUCCUCGUGGGGCUGGGUGGCUCUUUGGGAACAAGGUGGCUACCGAGUUCAACCAUGUCAACGGGCUCAAGUUGAUAGCGCGUGCUCACCAGCUCGUCAAUGAGGGAUAUAAGUACCAUUUCCCACAAAACUCCGUGGUAACGGUAUGGUCGGCACCGAACUACUGUUACCGAUGCGGUAAUGUUGCCUCUAUCAUGACGGUGGAUAGGGAUCUGAAUCCCAAGUUUAGCAUCUUCUCUGCCGUUCCUGAUGAGCAACGCCACGUACCGCCAAAUCGGAGAGGGCCAAGCGACUAUUUCCUUUAG